UCUAACGUGACUUUCAACAUGGCUGCCACAAUGAGCAUGUGUGUUCGUCAAGUGAUGAAGAUUCCUCAUUUUUCACAAUCUGUUUUGUUUCGAAGUCCUUCAAGAUGUUGUCGAGUCCGAAUGACAACGACCGCUACUGAUGGUAAGCCAUCAACAACAGCAGAGCAGAAGCCGACGGAGGAGAAGCCAUCUGAGUCUGCCCCUGUAGAGGAAACAUCGGCCGUGGAGAAACAGCUGGUGGAGGAUAAGGCUAAACUGGAGGUGCAGGUGGCCGACUUCAAGGACAAAUAUGUGCGCUCCCUCGCCGAAACAGAAAAUGUCCGACAGAGGAUGAAAAAACAGGUGGAGGACGCAAAGAUAUUCGGCAUCCAAGCUUUCUGUAAGGACAUGUUGGAGGUGGCCGACAUUCUAGGCAAGGCGAACGAGAGUGUCCCGCAACAAGAGAUCUCUAACAACCCUCAUCUCAAGAAUUUGUUCGAUGGACUGACAAUGACGGAAUCCCAGCUACAGAAGGUGUUCAUCAGACACGGGUUGCACAAGAUAUCUCCAUCAGAAGGGGACAAGUUUGACCCCUAUCUUCAUGAGGCAUUGUUCGAAGUCCCUACAACUGAGAAGGAGGGUGGAACUGUUGCAGUAGUACAGAAAAUCGGUUAUAAGCUACAAGAAAGGACAAUCAGACCAGCGCUUGUCGGGGUGUUUAAAUCAUGAGGUCUUUGUGCUGUAGCUUGAAUGUGAUAUGAGGUGUGAAAGUACAAUAAUCUUUGUUACAUGUUAUACUGUAUGGGUGUAUUGAUACAACUAGAUAAACAGUAUUAUAUUGCAUGUACAGUGCAGGAAGUAGGACUUGUUAUAACAUGGGUGUGAUACACACUAUACUGACAUCUUGUUCUAUGCUACAAACCUGCUACAAAGCAGAUCUAUUCAUCAGAGUAUGCAUCACCUUGAGCUGACACAGCUUAUACAAUGCUGUACUCUCAGGAUGAUGCCAUAUUGUGUUAAUAUGAGAUAGUUGAGAUUCAGUGUGGAUUGGGAUGCAUAUGACACAAUGUACAUUUAGAUGGAUUAUCUGAGAAAGAUCUUUAAAACUUCCUUUGAACAUGAUAAAUCAUACACUAUACUUUGUUUCUUCUAAACGUAUUGUGUGCAUUUUCAAUGAUUCAUAUACAUGUCUGCAAAGUUGCUUGUAAUUCCUGGAAUAUUUCUAGAUGUGGCACAAGACUCCAAGACUUGGACACGAACAGUGUCAGUUUCAGUGGUGGAUGGCCAUUUUAUGAUGUAAUGAUAUAACUGUCGUCUCUUCCUGAGUGAACAUUAUAUACAUUAUCAUAUUUUAUGCAUGCUUCAAGGUCUUAAAUAAGACAAGGCCAUUUUGUGGUUCUUGUUUUUCAUGAGUUCAUUUCAAGUCCUCUGGCAUCAUUAAUCAAAAGUAUUUCAUGUGAAUUUCUCCAAAAGGUGUCAAGAUUUACAUUUCAAAGUAUUUUGUGAAGGGAGGGGAUGUGUAUAUUAUUAAAUUUUCGGAUCAGCAAAGCAAGGGCAUUUAUGGGUGAUGUAGGUCAUAAUGUCGUUGGUCAUUUGCAGUGUUGUGUUUCAUUCCAUUCAUGUGACAUUCUUGUGUCCAGAUGUAUGUCCAGAAACCAGUAACAUCCAUCAGGAAUAAAUCAAACCAUAAGUAAA